AUAAAUAUUUAUAUAAACACAAACACACACAAAUAUAUACAUAUAUGCAAUACAGAUAGUCUUCCUUCUUCAACAUUUCGUUACCAAAUAUCCCCAAAAUAACCAUUCCUCUUCUCCGAUUCCAUAAUCUUCAUCAUCAUCAUCCUUCUUCUUCUUCGAAGUUGUGUUGUAUAUAACAAAGUUAUAUAUAUAUAUAUAUUUAGAGGUUGAUUGAGGUGUUGGAGUUUUGGUCUUAUUAUAUAAUUUUUCAAUGGCUUCGUAUAAUAUUUCAAACGUGGAAUCGAAUAUUGACGCAUCGGGAGAUUCCAGUAGAAAAAAGCGUCGGAAAAUCGGAGGAGGAGGAGGAGAUGAGAUUCCGAGUUCGAGUUCGAGUUUGACUCAGACUACUACUCAUGAUCGCGAAAAAAGCUCGAUGAUUAGAUGGAAAUCCGAUUCGGAGCAACAGAUCUACUCAACGAAACUUGUUGAGGCUCUCUGUAAGACUAAACGGAGUUCUUCUUCUUCUUCUUCUUCGCCGGGAAAGGUGAGGAAAGUUAGGGAAACUGCUGACCGAGUUCUGGCUGUGGCUGCCAAAGGAACGACUCGGUGGAGUAGAGCGAUUCUGGCGAGUCGACACAUGUUGAUGACGAAUAGGAAACAUAGAAAGGUGAAGGUUACCGGUAAAAGCAGGUUACAGAAACCACCGCCGAUUAGAACCAAAACAACAAGGUUACCGCCUAUUCAAAAGAAGGUUCAAACUCUCAGCCGGUUGGUUCCCGGUUGCCGGAAGCUUCCUUUCCCGAAUCUUCUAGAAGAAACAACCGAUUACAUAGCCGCUCUAGAGAUGCAGGUCCGAGCCAUGACCGCUCUAGCCGAGCUUCUAACCGGUUCACCGGUCAAUAAUCGAUCUGGUUCAACCAUUAACGCCUCGAGUUGACACACAAAAAAAAAAAAAAAACAGCUGAGUCGACUCGCGGCCAACUCGGCUGGUUGUGCCAGGUGUUUUUUUUUUUUAAUUAAUUUUUUUUUGGCCUUUUGAAAAUAUUUUUAUUUUAAUGGAUUUUUAUUAGAGAUUCAUGUAUUUUCUUUUGUAUACAUUGUCUUAUUCUCUUUCUCUUUUUUCA